AUGCGGGCCCUUGGACUAUUGUCCAUAUUAAUAUGGACGAUAGCAAUCUCAAAUGGGUAUCCGCUGGCCGGAGAGGUCGCUCACGAAGACGAGGAGAUUGCAAUUCCCUACAAUGAGGAAGCCCCCGGAACCGUCCCCACAUUUGAGGAGGAGCUCGAGAUUGUCGAAAAUAUUAUAAUAGCAAUCCCCUCGAAAAUAUGCGAGCCGGCCGAGAAUUAUGGGGGCACGCCUGGCACGCGUCCUGUCACCGGAGAGGGUUUU